AUGGUUUGGGAUCUGUUGGAAGGCCGAGCGCUUUUCGAUGCAUGGAACCCUGAAGCAGAAGACUACGCGGCCAAUAUGCAUCUUGCUGAGAUGAUAUCGGUACUGGGUCCACCACCAGAGCUGCUGCUUCUCCGAGGACAGUUGACCAGUCACUUUUUCACGUCGGAGGGUGACCUGAUCGUUGGCAAGGCAGCCAAGCCUCGUUACUCCGGUCUCGAUGACACUAUCACCAUGCUCUCUGGAGACGACAAGAGGAAUUUCCUUCGGUUCAUUGCUAGAAUGCUUGAGUGGUUGCCGGAGGAUCGUGCAACCGCAAAAGAACUACUUGCAGAUCCUUGGCUUGACUCAUAG